AUGACGGCAGUAGAUGGUGUACCAUUUAAAAUAUUCUGUUCUUCGGAAUCAAUGAGAAAGCUAUUUGGAAAAGCUGCUUACAAAGAUUUGCCUAAAUCACCAAAUACAAUAAAGAAAAAGGUUCUGAAUAAAAGUGAGCUACUGAAAAAAGAAGUAAAAAAGGAGCUUAAUGAUAUUAAGACAGCAGGAAUACAAUUGGCUGUAAGCCUAGAUGAAUGGACAAGUGCACGUAAUCGCAGAUAUGUGAACGUAAAUGUUCAUUCACCAGAGCUUUCUGAAGGUUUUAGAAACUUGGGACUGACGAAAAUAAGGGGCCGUGGAACAGCAGAGAACUGUUAUAAUAUAUUGAACGAAAAAUUGGUAUAUUACGGCUUGUCAAUACAAAACGAUAUCUCGUGCAUAAUCUCUGACAGUGCAAGCGUAAUGUGCGCACUAGGGAGAAUGGUUCCCUCUUAUCAUCAAUUAUGCUUGGCCCAUGGUAUUCAGUGCGCUGUCCUGGACGUGCUAUACAAAGCUGAUAACACAGAAGGUAACACCGGCAUCACUGUUAACAGACCUUGCGAUAGCUCUCACUCUGAGGACGAAAGUGAUAUAGAGAACGAAGAUGAAAAUCGUUUUGUCAUCGAAGCUGACCCCAGUGGGGUCAUUCCCAAGCUGGUUUAUAAAGAAUUGAUAACUAAAGUCCGAAAAAUAGUAAAAUUUCUCAAAGGUUCGCCUACUCGCAUGGAUAUACUCAAUUCUUACGUGGAGUCCAAAUCUAAAGACACGACACUGAUCCUCGAUUGCAAGACUCGUUGGAGCAGCCUUGGUGAUAUGAUAGCAAGAUUUCUAGAAUUCAAAGACGCAAUUCAAAAGACAUUAAUUGAUUUCAAAGAGAAGACUACCUUUUCAGAUACUGAAAUAUUAAUUUUGAAAGAUAUGUCUAGUUCUCUCAAUUUCAUAAACUGUGGCCACAGUUGA